UUUCUACACUUGGUACACAGCGUGUUGUGUGUGCGUGUGUGUGUGUGUGUGUGUGUGUGCGUGUGCGUGUGCAUCCAUCCGUCCAUGCAGUAUCUUAUCGUAUCUGUGUGUUGCUGGCAUCACAUUUCUAAUUUGUAGGUUUUUUGAUUUGUUGAUAAGUUUUUUUCCUUCCUAGUUCAUUAUGUUGAUUGUUUUACACCUAGUAGAAAAACACACUCGAGGGACAGGAGUUUUGUGUGUGUGUGUGUUACAGCUACUGCAGAUGUUUUCACUCAGGUUUUGCAGAACUCUUCGACCCAUCAUGAGAGUUCCAAUGUCAUUUGUUAGUUCAUAUUUCAGGGGACAUUUUGCUUCUAACUUAUGCUCAUUUCUGACCCUCGUACAAACACUGAUAAAUGGAACUGAAGACUUGUGUUGUUGUGUUCUCACCCUUUUCUGUUAUUAUUUUUGGUUGUCGAUCUCCCUAAGGACAUCUUCUGGUUUGCAUGCUGACACACCUACGACAUAACUGACUCUGCAUUUACACAGAUAGUUAUUUUUAGUUGUCACUUUCAGCCACAGUCAAACGAGGAUCCUAGAAAAGGAAGUUUACAGAAACCUGCUGUCAAGAGAUUGAGUCCUUGAUGAGUGAGUCCUCCAUGAAGUUCAAUCUUCUCUGCUUAAAUCAAGGCUGUAAAAACCCUGUGAAGGAAGCUUUUUGAUCCAACCACAGACUGAGAAAAACAGAGAAAACUUGUAUUUUAUGGACUUUUUUGUCAAAAAUAUAAGUCACCAAUCUUAACCAUCCUGGAUCAUUUGUGGCUAUGUUUUGGGUCUGAAAUGUUAUCGCCUGAUUGUUAAAAAUUUCCCAAAUGAUUUUUAACAUUUAGGACCAAACGUUGAUAAAGAUUCUUUAGCAUUAUGGUUUAAAUAAAGGGAAGUGAACUCCUUGUCAUUGUGACACAGCUCACCAACUGUGACCUCUGCUUUAACCCAUCACCAAAGUGAACAGUGGGCAGCUUUAAGGACCAGGGGAGCAGUGUGUGGGCACGGUGCCAUACUCAGAGCACCUCAGUGGUAACUUGACAGCUGGUGGACUCGAACCUGAAGCCUUCCAGACCCAAGUCUGCUUCCUUAACCACUAACUGCCCCAUAAAUGUCAGCUUUGUAACACAUGGAGGAUUCCUCGGACCAGACCCACUGGGUGUCUCCAGCUCUGCUAAGCUCAGAUGCUCUGACUGGUUUCUCUUCGGAAACUGGACUGCUGCCUGCGGUGGAGGAGGAUGAGAGCUUUUUCUCCGGUCAGGACAUGGACUACUCCGGCCUCCCUUCUUUCUUCUCCAGCCCAGGCCACAGUCGUGUAUCAUCCACCUACAGGCACAGCUCUGUUCGUCCAGUGAUCAGUUCACCCAGCCUCCUCAGUAACUUCCAGCUGUUGGACAGUACUGCUGGCCACUCCCUGAGUUCACCCUACAUCCCAGCCUCAGCAUGGAACAGCAGUCCUCUCACCAAAACCCCACUGCACUCACACAGCCCCACCAUUCUCUAUAACCCCACAUUCUCCUCCUCCUUCAACAUUUCUAAAGAUGGAUACUCCUCUCCAGCCAGAGAGAGCAGGGAGAGUCCCCGGCUCCAGGAGGAGCUGAAGGUGGAACGUCUUAGUCCUUUGAGAGGACUGGGCAGCAGCAACGGCAGUAGUGGCUUUCUGAAUCUUACUCCAGCUGCUGGGAGCGUAUACACACCGCUGUCGUCCCACUCUCACCCUCACAUGCUGAGUCCUUACGGCUCAUACAUGGCCAGUCCUCAGGAGUACAGCUCUGCUGCGCUGUACUCCAGCCCAGGCUCCUGGAUUAGCCCCUCGUAUUCUCCCAAACUACGGAACAAGAUGAGGGCGACCACUCCAGAGGCCAGAGAAUGUGUCAACUGUGGAGCUACAGCGACCCCACUGUGGCGUCGUGACGGCACAGGUCACUACCUGUGCAAUGCUUGUGGAUUGUACCACAAAAUGAACGGCCAGAACAGACCUCUGAUUCGUCCUAAGAAAAGACUGAUUGUGAGUAAGAGGGCAGGCACACUCUGCGCCAAUUGUCACACGAGCACAACGACACUCUGGAGACGCAACGCAAACGGCGAGCCUGUGUGUAAUGCUUGUGGACUUUACUUUAAACUGCACAAUAUCAAUCGUCCACUUACAAUGAAGAAGGAUGGAAUUCAGACACGUAACAGAAAAGUCUCCAGCAAGAACAAGAAGAACAAGAAGGCCACUCUGCUGGAGCAGUACUCGGAGGUAAACCAGCAACCUUCCCUGGACAGUAACGCCGGGCCCUUCUCCUUGGGCCCUGGGACUCUCCUGACCUACAGCCACGCACCACACCUCAUCCCGGCCCCUUCCCCCCUUCACCCUUCUGCGUCAUUACCCUAUACACACCACCUUAACUCAGGCAUGGUGCCGACACUGGUGUGAGCCGAAGCAGCAGCACCUCCAUGUUCUGAGGAUGAAGUGCAGCAGCUUGACUGUGACCAAUCUGUAAAGUAGGUUUUAACUCAGAAAUGGUCACACCUCAGUCCAUAUUCUUUUGCCCGGUCAGGCCCACAAUCUAUUCAGUUAGGCCAACAUGCAGAAGCGAGGUGAGCCCAGUUUUUGAUGUGAGCCAGGCUUCUGCAAAAUCUUGACCAACUUCACAAGUGUGGAUCACUGAAACCAAAUGAGUCCAUGAAAUGUUAGAAAUAACAGCCUACUGUUAAUUUAGUUUAGCCCAUGUGUUUCUAAAGAUGUGCUUUUGUUUAUAUAUUUCCUCUUUAUUUUCUAAGAAAUUACAUUUUUAUAUACAUAUGUAUUAUUCAAAUUUUUCAUUGGGCCAUCGUUUGAGGCAGAUAGGAUUAUAUAACGUGGUAUGCAUACAGUACCUGUCAUUGCUUAAAACAGUGGUCCCCAACCCCCGGGCCGCAGACCGUCACUGGUCCGUGAGUCAAUUGGUACCAGGCCGCACAGAAAGAAUGCAUAACUUACAUUAUUUCCGUUUUAUUUAUUAUCUGAUUCUGAACGAUUUUAUUUUGAAAAAUUACCGGAUGCUCUCCGCCGCAUUUGUCUACCACCUGAUAAAUGUCAAGAUACUUGCCUCGGUCACAUGUCUUACCAACAUCCGCUACCUUCUUAAAGGUUCUGCUCCGAACGGUAACACAUAAUACAUUACCGCUAUAUUGAAACCCCCAAUCGAGCAAAAUAAACAAAACAUUAUAAGUCUAUUUUUAACAGAGAAUUCCAGGAGUCCUACUUGAAAUAUGGAUUUAUUGCGACAGGUUGUUCCCACGCACCGAGUUAGCGGCGAGUGGCUCGCUAAUGAGGCAAUGACGCCUUGAUACGGCUUCGCCACAUGGAGACUAAGCGUUCUGCAUUAAAAGACAAGCGGGGCCAGUUUUUAUGCCGGUCGUAUCAUUUUAUUUAGUUGUCUUUAUCCGUCACACCUUAACGGCCGGUCCGUGAAAAACUUUCAGACAUUUAACCGGUCCGUGGCGCAAAAGGCGUUUGGGACCGCUGGCUUAAAGCAGUAAAACUACACCUGAAGGUCAACUUUGUGAGGAGUAGUGGCAGCUAAUGGUCGGACUGCAGAUUGUGACCAACGCAAGUCUCCUCUGCUCAGCCCUUCUACCCUUCAGGGAGUUAUGGUGGCCUUGCAAAAACAGAUGCUACAAUGUGUGGUAAGAGAUCUUUUAAUUUUUCCUGUUUCUGUUCAAAUUCUUAAAACAGCCUAUUCUAAAGUGUUUAUUAAUUUGUUCAACAGCAAGGGACUUUUAUUAUUAAUAAUUAUUAUCAUUACAAAUCAAAGGAUGUGAGAGUUGCCUCCAUCCCCUUUGGACAUGAUGCUGUAUGUUUCUAAUCUUAAAAUUUGUUAUGUUUGCUUUGAUGAAGGAUUUUUCUCUAUUUCAAACAAUGGUCAGGUGUUACAUGUUGUUCUCAUUUAAUUGUUGACGUUCUGCAAUAAAAUAGCUGUUAAGUGAAACACGGAGAUGAUACUACUGUGUAAAACACUUCACAUUCCAUCAGAAAUCUACUCGUGCUUCACUACUACAACAAGUACAUUUAUGGACUGUAUACUAAGACAUUUUAACAGUAAAACCUCCCAAUUUAGUUUAGGCUUUGGGAUCAAUCGGACAGUUUUGUAUGUUUUCCUAAAUAUUAUCAUUUUGAAAUGUGUAGAAAACAUCAAUAAAAAAUCAGUGUGCCUCA